UUGGUGUUUCGGUCAAAAUUUGAUCCUCAAACCCUAUUCGUUCAUUUUCCCUCUCUUUCUCUCUCGAUUUUCAGAAAUGGUGGCAGAUGCAUCCCUAGACAUGUCCCUCGACGAUCUAAUUAAGAAGAAUAGAAAUUCAGGCGGAGGAAAUUUUCGGGGGAGAGGACGCGGAGCUGGCCCGGGACCCGUUCGCCGGAAUUCCAACCGCCCAGCCAGCCGAUCUGCGCCGUACAGUACCCCUAAGGAUGUAGCUUGGGAUCAUGACAUGUUUGUGGCGGCUCAACCAAUACCGUUUCCCGGGCAAUUUAGUGGGGGUGGGGGUAGAGCAUCUUCAAUAGAGACUGGCACUAAGCUCUACAUCUCCAACCUAGAGUACGGUGUCUCAAACGAAGACAUCAAGGAACUCUUUGCUGAGGUUGGUGACCUGAAAAGAUAUUCAAUUCAUUAUGAUAGGAGUGGGAGAUCAAAGGGAACAGCAGAAGUUGUCUUUUCGCGUCGACAAGAUGCAAUAUCAGCUGUGAAAAGGUACAAUAAUGUUCAACUGGAUGGCAAACCUAUGAAGAUAGAGAUGGUAGGAACAAACAUUGUGACACCUCCUCCUGUUCAACCUGCAUUUGGUGGUGCCUUUGGAGCUUUCAGUGUAAUUCCUAGAAGUGGUCCUGGACGGGGUGAUGUUUUUGGAAGACCACGUGGUGGCCGGGGAAGGGGUGGACAAGGUGGGUUUCGAGGAAGAGGUCGGGGACAAGGUAGAGGCCGUGGAGGGGAGAAAAUAUCUGCGGAAGACCUUGAUGCAGAGUUGGAGAAGUACCAUUCGGAAUCGAUGCAAGAAAAUUGAUCCAUUCCCUGACAUCAUAUCGUUGUUUCUAUACAGUUUGUGUAACUAUUGUGCCAAUUUGUACUUGAUGAAUUCAUCGAGCUUUCUCGAGCCUUUUCGCCUCAUAGAUUCCCAUUCAAAUGUUUAUGCACUUUGGCACUUAUUAUUAACUAACUGGCGGUGGCACAUUGUGUUGAUUUGGUGACUACCAUGGCUUAUUGCCUUACCCAUAAGGCCAUAAGUCAACAAAAUCACUGACCUCUUUUCAAUGGAUACAUUAUUGGUAAACAUAUAUCUAAAAAUGGAGUAAAGGGUCAGAU